ACCAAUUCUGAGGCAAAAAAUUAUGAAAAACCUUGCUUUACAUGACCAACCAGAAAUUUGUGCAAACCAAUAUAAUAAGAAAAGAAACCAAAAAUGAAAAAUGUCUUCUUCUUUCUUCUUCUUUUUAUGUAAUGUAUGUGAAAUAUCAAUUCAAUUCUCUCCACAUCUCUCAUAAGUCCUUAUAUCCCUUUUCUCUCUCUCUCUCUCUCUCUCUCUCUCUCUCUCUCUCUCACACACAAUGGGAUAUGGGCUUUACAUCUUCUGCUCUUUUGCAUAUGUUGUUUCAUGUUUUCAGCUGUCAUACUGUGCCAGAAUAGAGAAACUGAUCAAGGCAAAAGUAGCACAAUCAAGUGGCUGUGAUUUGUUCCAAGGAAGUUGGGUCUUUGAUGACACAUACCCUCUCUACAACUCCUCCAUCUGUCCGUUCAUUGAGCAAGAAUUUGACUGCCAGGGAAAUGGACGGCCAGAUAUGCUAUAUCUCAAGUAUAAAUGGAAGCCCACCGGAUGUGAUCUGCCAAGAUUUGAUGGUGAGGAGUUCUUGAGAAGAUUUAAAGGGAAGAAAUUAUUGUUUGUGGGGGACUCUCUUAGCCUCAAUCAAUGGAGGUCACUCACUUGCAUGUUGCAUGCCACAGUACACCCCAAACCAAACUUCAUGUUUGGGCGAGUAGACCAUGACCUCUCUGCAUUUACCUUUCAGGACUAUGAUAUUUCUGUGAUGUUAUCGCGUAAUGAAUUUCUAGUCGAUCUAGUAACUGAGAACAUAGGUAGAGUUUUAAAGCUCAACUCCAUCGAAAAUGGCAAAUCAUGGAAAGGAGUAGAUACGCUCAUCUUCAAUACCUGGCAUUGGUGGCUUCAUGAAGGACACAACCAACCAUGGGACUACAUUCAAAUAGGGAAUACAAUAUACAAAGACAUGGAUCGAUUGUCUGCAUUUAAAGAGGGAUUAAUAACAUGGUCAAAGUGGGUGGACUCUAACAUUGAUCCUAAUGUCACAAAAGUAUUUUUUCAAGGCAUUUCACCUAUUCAUUACAAUGGUAAAGCAUGGAAUGAUUCCAAUUUAGCAACUUGCCAAGGGCAAACGCAACCAUUAAGUGGUUCAUCAUACCCCGAGGGUUUACCACCUGCGAUAGCUGUGGUGAAAGAAGUGCUAAAUAAUAUGACUACUCCGGUUACUUUGCUAGACAUAACAACACUAUCACAAUUGAGAAAAGAUGGGCAUCCAUCAGUUUAUGGCACUAAUGGAGAGAAUGAAAAUGAUUGCAGCCAUUGGUGUGUUGCUGGUGUUCCUGAUACUUGGAAUGAGCUCUUGUAUGCAAUUCUUGUUUCUAGUGAUUAG